CUUUAAUCGAAUUAAUUUGUUGAAAUCAUUCAUAUUACGAGGAAAUACGUCUUGUGAUUUCAAUUAACCAUUUUUAGAUAAAGAGUGUAAAUACUUAAAUCAAAAGUUUGAUGAAGCGGGGGGGUAAUUAUGUUAAAAUAAAUCAAUAUCCUGCGAUUGUUCCUAUUCGUGUCAUAAUAUCACGCGACGAUUUGUUUAAAUGGUCUACCUAUCAAAUUGUUAUACCUAAAUAAAUAAAAUUUGAAAAAGAACUUAGGAUAUUUACCUUUCUCUUCACAAAAAUCCUCAAGAUAGCUGAUUAUUGGACCCCUUAUCAAUAAUUCCAAUGUCCUAAAUUUUAAUGUAUUUUUGAUAAAUGAAAAGAGGGUAUUAUCCCAACAUUUUUACAAAGUGUUUUUGUCUUAUUAAAUUAUUGGUAAUUAGUAAAUACCUAGACGUCACAGCAAUUAUUAUUAUAAAAUACAGAAAAACCAAUUGAGGUGUUUCAGUUACUUUAUGUGUCUCGGUACGUGAAGUUUGCCUCUAAUAUAUGAGACCAAGUCUCAAAUUUUGUGAAAAUUAGUGUGCUAGAGGUAUUUGUAAUAGCAAUCAGUAUUCUCGCCGCUUUGCUUUGCCAUUGACGAAUCAAUUUUUUUUCUUUAUAAAAUGGUCUAGAUUUCACGCAAACUAAAUUUCUGCCAGUAAAAAAACUUCAUCACAAUGAAACUUCAAAGCGGUCUUGAAGAUUUCGAGAAAAACCCGCAAAUUUGGUCGCUGAUUGAACAAAUUUCCAGUGACGAGUGUCAGGAUGAAGCUUUUUAUCUGUGCAACAUCGAUGAAAUAAUUGAAAAACAUCGCGUGUGGACCAGCGAAUUGCCGAAAGUUGCACCACAUUAUGCCGUGAAAUGUAACGAUGACAUCGUAAUUUUAAAAGUCCUCGCUUCACUGGGCGCUUGCUUCGAUUGCGCCUCUCAAGCCGAAAUCAGCAAAGUCGUAUCCAUUGGAGUCACUCCCGACAGAAUCGUUUUUGCUAAUCCAGCUAAGCCCAUUAGCCACAUUCGCUAUGCUGCUAGUGUAGGAGUUAGCGACAUGACUUUCGAUAGCGAAAGCGAACUUUACAAAAUCCGAAACGUUUAUCCACAUGCCAGGCUCAUUAUUCGUAUAAGAGUAGACGCAGUAGACGCCCAAUGUCCACUAGGCAACAAAUUCGGUUGCGAUCCCAUCGUAGCAGCUCCAAGACUUCUACGUCUAGCUGAAUCCCUGAAUUUGAACGUAAUCGGAAUCAGUUUCCACGUGGGUUCUGGCUGUCGAGAGCCUGCUGUUUUUCGCCGAGCCAUCAAAUCCACCAGAGACCUUUACGAUUACUCCAAAACUUUGGGUUUUGACUUUUCCGUUCUGGAUAUUGGCGGUGGGUACCCGGGAGUACGUGGAUCAUCAAUUAAUGAGAUCGCAAACAUCGUCAACAAUUCCCUAGACGAAUAUUUCAACGACGUUAAAAUUCGAGUGAUUGCUGAACCAGGAAGAUUCUACGUGGCAUCUGCCUACACUCUCACCUGCAAUAUACAUUCCAUUAAAAAUAUUUACGAGGAAGACGACAAAGGCAAUAUAACAGAAACUCAUAGGAUGUAUUAUAUUGAUGAUGGCGUAUAUGGCAGUUUCAAUUGCAUUUUAUAUGAUCAUCAGCUAGUUAAACCUAUACCGCUGGUUGAAAAUCUCGAAGCAAACAAAAUUUCCAGUAGUAUAUGGGGUCCUACUUGUGACGGCCUGGAUCAGGUUAUUGAGGAAAUUAUUUUGCCUGAGAUGAAUAUAGGAGAAUGUAUUGUUUUUGAAGAUAUGGGAGCUUAUACUUUGCCCGUGGCUAGUCCGUUUAAUGGAUUUCCAGUACCGAAAGUUUAUUAUGUGUUUACUAGUGGCGCAUGGUCUGAUUUAAAAGAAACGCUGGCUUUACCUAGCAAUAUUGUUAAAAUAAUUGAGGAAUCGAAUAUUAAACAGAAUCAAUAUAAUCCUGAACGAAAAACAUCGACCAUAUUCGUUGACUCUGCGGCUUUAAAAUCCAUAUUGGUGGGAUCUACAUGAUAUUUGGCUUACUUUUAUUUGAUGUUGCGCAGAGAAUUAUAUUGUGAUGAUAAUUUUGUAAAUAAAUUUUAUUUUAAAAUUGUUUUUUUUUGCAUAUUAAGUACUAAACUUAAAUAAUAUUUAUGUAAAAAUAAUGAGAACUAUAAUCAAUAAUCAGCUAAAUAUUAUGUUAU